GCCUUUUAGACGGAUGCCUCCAGAGAACACUUCAAGGAUACAGGAAGAAUUGAAGGCUUUUUGUCUUGCUUAAAUAGCUUGUGUUAUAUAAAAGAUGAGCUAGAUCUGUUCUUCACUGAUGAUGAAGCUGGAAAGACUUGCUUCAGACCUCAGUCCUUGAUAACUUCUUGCAGUCUCCAAUCAGGAAUGAAGUGGAAGUCAACUGAAGUGUGCACUACUGAGACGAAAUGACAUUCAUGUUUGUGAUGAAUGGAAAUCAUGGCAGCAUCUAACAUGGGAGGAAAAGACAUGAAUGGACAAUGUGGCGUGACUCAUUCAGACUGCAAAUCUUCUGCCUUCUUAUGGCAGUACUGGCUGUUGUGGUGCUGGUCCAUAACUUUUUUCAGUUAGAGCACCUGGAUGACUACACAGUUUCAGGAUCAAAUUGGAUAACUGAGAACAAUGAUCAGCCUUCUCUAUCACAGACGACUAAAACUACCAGGAAGCCUUACUGUGGUUAUGAGCAGCAGACUUUGUCCAAAAGAGAACGAGCAGAACAGGAAUCAUUGCUUGCUGCACUGCAAUGGCCGAAACCCCCUGAUGGCAAAAUUGCUUUUUUGCAAAGCACUGAUCCAGUACACAGUGACUUUGUGAUUGUGAAGCCCAGCAGGUUCUUCAAGGUGGGUGACCAGUUAGAGGUGGUUGUUCGUAUGAGAGAUUUCCAAGGAAAACCCAAGCAAUAUGGUGGAGACUAUCUACAGGCACGAAUCCACUCUCCUCUGCUGAAAGCUGGAGCAAUAGGAAGGACUGUAGAUUGCCGUAACGGCCUUUACAAAGUCUUUUUUACGUUACUUUGGCCAGGAGAGGUCAAAGUAUCUGUGACUCUUGUUCAUCCAAGUGAAGCAGUCCAAGUCCUCCUGCGUUUACGAGAAGAAAAGCCUGACAGAGUUUAUUUCAAAAGCUCAUUUAAGUCUGGGAGAUUUUCAGAAACUACUGAGUGUAAUGUAUGCUUGCCUGGAGAUCUUCCAGUCUGUAACUUCACAGAUCUCUACACUGGUGAGCCAUGGUUCUGUUACAAGCCACGAAAACUGUCCUGUUCCAGCCGAAUCAGCCAUGCCAAGGGUGGAUAUCAAAAAGGCCUUCUGACGCAUGAAGAAAGCCUCUUUUUCCAAAGUGAUGUGAAUAUCAAAAUGCCCAUACUCUCCAAUGGACCCGACUCGGUGAUUGUAAAGCCCAAGGCAUUUGCAGAUUCAAGCAAUAUGGACAGGGCUGAAGAUCCCACAGUUUCCCCUUCUGGUUAUUACUAUGAAGACCUUUGGAGGCCGAGAACACACUGGAUUUAUCAUUUUAACAAGUCAGAUGAUAUAAGCAAGUGCUUGCAAGGAAAAGUAAUCCACUUGUUUGGAGACUCUACAAUAAGGCAGUGGUUUGAGUAUCUGACUGCAGCUGUUCCAGAUCUAGUGGAAUUUAACCUGGGGAGUCCUAAGAACGUGGGCCCUUUUAUGUCUGUGGAUCUGAAGCACAACGUCCUACUGAAAUUCCGCUGUCACGGGCCACCCAUUCGCUUUACGACAGUCUUUACAAGUGAACUGCGCUACAUUGCUAACGAACUGAAUGGCAUCGUUGGGGGGAGAAACACUGUGAUAGCCAUAACUAUAUGGUCCCACUUCAGCACUUUCCCUGUGGAAGUGUAUAUCAGGAGGCUGAGGAACAUUCGGAGGGCAGUUAUUCAACUGCUGGACCGCAGCCCCAAGACUUUAAUUGUCAUCAGAACCGCAAACGUUCAGGAGCUUGGGCCAGAAGUGAGCCUCUUUAACAGUGACUGGUAUUCCCUUCAGCUUGAUUCUGUCAUGAGGAAAAUGUUCUCAGGAAUUGCUGUGCACUUUGUGGAUGCUUGGGAGAUGUCUCUGGCUCACUACUUGCCACAUAACUUGCACCCAAAAGAAGUAAUCGUUAGGAAUCAAAUAGAUACAUUUCUAUCUUAUGUGUGCCCUCUGCAAUUUUAGCACAAGUAGGCAUCCAUGUGUCACGUUUUGCUGCAGCUGAGGUAAUCUUGGUCUUUGCUGGAGCUACUAAGUUUAUGCUGGAUGGUGUGGGGCAACUGUGCUUAUUGUAUCUGCGUUCAGUGUAAGCAGGCUGGCCAUAAAUCUAGUAGCUGUGAGGGAUAGUGGAGAAGAGUUAACUGUUCAUGCCAUAUCUUCCUGUGAGGUUGAUUCCUUAGAACCUUAUUAAUAUCUCAGAUUGUUAGUAAGCACCUUAAAUUGACAAGAUUCAAUAGGGAAUUAUGUGGGUUAUUAGCUUUACUAGUUAUCUGCACUGUAUGUUUAGUCCACAUAAUGUGGAAUCUGCUCAGAACUGGGUGGAAUCUAGUGAAAGAAUUAUUUGGGAGCAGUCUUUCUCCCAAACUCUCUCUCUCUCUCUGUCAACUCAGAGUUGGAGGAGGAUCCCCUGCAGUCCUACGUUGGUCAGAGAAGCACAAUGCCUAUUCUUUUUUCAAAGUCCUAAUCAGAAAUGUGAAGUGUGUGUCUUAAAGCUGCUAUUGUCAUUCAAGGAAGCUCAAUCAUAAUGUCUAUACUAUAAAGUCAUCAGGAGUUGGCUAAAAUUUAGUAAAGCACACUAGUUAGGCACUCUUGGUAUUUACAGAUAGCUACUAAAUAAUGCAAAUAGCCAGUAUUUUAGUUGAGUUUUCUGUACUACUGAAUCUCUUCUGAGUUUUGAUACUGUCGUCGUCGUCUUGAUUUAUCUGUAACAAAGCAAUGUGUGUAUGUUGACCCCAGUGAAGGCACUGUCUCAGGCAGUUUGUGCAUGUUAAAACUGCAAGCUUGCCUGCUUGAGGCAUUUCCUAAUGAAAUCAUUUUACUUCCUUGUUAGAUAAACUUGUUCCUUUAUGCUCUUGUAAAGCUGGGCUUCUGUUAUGUACUUUUGUACAUACAUAAUACACUGUGUCAGGAGAAGCCAAGUUACUUGAAUACACUUAACAAUUUAUGAAUGGGUAGCAUAAGUCUGGCGUGAACUAGCAUCAAGGCUUUGUGCUGAUGUCCUCCUUUCCUUCUGUAUUGAGCAGUUUUAUUACUUACGCUGGCAACAGCGAAGCUGUUGAAUAAAGAGAAGACAGAAAAAUAAUAAAAAUCCCACCGCCGUACCAAACAUCCAGGAAUGCCCUUCAUACAGGUGCUUGGUAAAUGUUUGCUGUUUUGUCCAUGUGAAUGCAGGUGGCUCUUAGGCCUUCUGGAACUGUUUUCAAUGCUGCUAAUUUGACUGAGCCUGCCUACAGUUUUAAGAAGUAGCACUUUGAACAUUUUGAUUAAAUUCAGCUCUGAAAUUGCAGAGUAGGAAAGUGUUCAGUGUGGUCUUACUUCUGGUCCCACUCAAGCCAAAAUUGGUCUUUACCAAUGGCAGUACUGAGAAAUGUGUCAAGACACAUGUGCUUCUGAAGAAGUCCAUAAUGCUUAAAGAGAAUAGGAGUCAAUUAUUAGUGAGUGAACUGAGAAGAUAAAAACUGAACAAAUGGACAGGUUGCAGGUUUGUUGCAUGUAUGGGAAGGCUGUGCUCUUGUCCCUGGACACUGAAGGGAGCUUAUGCUGCUAGCUACAGGAACACUGUUUUAAAAACAAAUGUAAGUGCUUUUAGCAUGUAAAAAUCAACACCAUCCGUCAAUAGGCUUAACAAAUUGAAAAAGUUUAAAAAUCACUGUAGGAGUUGCGUACAGCCAAAUAGCACUUAAUCUUACCUUUUCAGACCAGAAUUCAGGGUGUCCACUUCAUCAGUUGCUACUGACAACUGCCUUGCUUAGUGUCUGUGCAUAUAUUAGCUUUAGGUAAGUGUUUCUUACUUGAAUAUGUUAAUAGCAGCACAUCUGCUGCCAGUAAGAGACCACACCAAUUCAGUCCUGGGAAUGUAAACCCCCAACCACCACAAUGCAAAAUGACUUUUCAUCUUCUCUAGGUGCGUUUUUAAAAUGGGUAGAGUACAAAGCUUUCAUCCUGAAUAAGAAAUCUAUCCAAAUAACAUUAAUGAAAAUAAGACUUCAAACUCUUACUUUGAAGGAAACUACUUAAUUUGUAGACUAACCAUUUGGUUUUCCUCAAAAUGCUGUAUCAUGUGUGAAAGCAUUGUGACAGCGUGUUUCUUAUGUGAACGUUCUGUUGCUCACUAGUGCUCUUCAACAGCAACUUCUCAUCACUGUUAGCCAUGAAAAAUCGAGAGGAAAAAAUCUUGAAUGUUAUGACAAUCGAAAGCGAGAACUAGAUUUCUAUUAGCAAAGAUGUCUAAUCACCUCCUGAUAGAACCUCUGCCUUUCAGAUUAAUUUUUUAAUAACAGAUUAAUGUGCAAGUCAUGAACUUGAGGAAAAUUGACCGUUAACGUGGGAUGAGGACUGAUGAUUUAUUUCUUUGUGCUCUGGAAUAGACAUGGAGAAAAAAGGGAGAUACUGAGGAAUUACUGAUGUUAAAAGGCAAAGACUGAGAGCAGAAUGCUUUUGUCAUUUGGUUCAACUGUAAGCUUAUUUUCAUCUUUAUUCUCCUUUUGCUACCAGUUUCACCAGUUGUGUACGUCCUGUAUAUAGUAACAUAAUCAGAAGCAAUAAAAUAUUUUUAAAUCACUUUCUUUAAACCUUUAAGGUUCUAAAUGGACUUUAAUGAGGACUUAAAAAGGUUGGUUGUUUUUCGAGUUACUUGAAAUGGGACUCAAAAGGAAUUUUGCAGGUUUCAGUGGAAUAUCUUCAUUUACAUGUAGAAAUUUCUUUCAUGAGAUUUUUCAAAGCCCUGUUUUUCUUUCCGUUCCCUUCAGUUGAAUGGAAGAAAAUUAUACUACUUUGGAUAUUUUUAUUCCUAACCCUGAGCCUUUUGAUUAUUAAUCUCUCAUUACAUAAGUUUUCUUUAUUUUAUUCCAUGUGCAGAUCACUGAAGUAUCAGUGAAAAACUCUCUGUAUUUUUAUGGUGUUCAACAGAAGAUACCUGAGCAAUUUGUAAAGCAAGUAAUCUUCAUUUUACAGAUCAGACUGAUACUCAGUGAUUUUCCACUACUGAUAGUUUGGCCUUGCUUUUCAUGACAUUGCUUUUUGAAAACCAUGUUAGACAGUUUUCUUAAUUCUAGAUACUUAGUGGAAAUGUUAUUUGAGUUCUUGACGAAAGAGAGGACAAAAGGCAGUUGUUGUCAUGACUUUUUUCAAUUUCAGCUGUUUGAUUUCUCCUCUUUGCAACACCACUGCACUUUUACUUUGAGACUCAAAUGAGUAUUUUUCAUUAUUCUUCAUUGUUAAAGGUAAGCAUUUAAAAAAAGGAAUAUUGCAUACUAGAAGGGUCAGCAUGACUUCUUGUGUACUACAGAUAAUGCUUCCAUGCAUACAUGACAAACACAAACAUCUGAAGUUGUCUGCUGGUUAGGGUAAGAGUAUUGGGUUUUUUACUUUUUUUUUUUUUUCCAGAAGCAUGAGUUAAAACUUCUUUGUGCUCAUGGUUAAGUAACAGUAAAAAAUGUCUGUCUCAAAAUGCAUAUUUAACUUAGAAAGCUCUUACUUACUAAGCCCAGAUCACUUCUUCGUACUUAGUUCAUGCUACGCAUUUAGAAUGUUCAGAAGGCUCUUGGUGGCAGUGGAGGUCUCUGUAUGUUAGAAAAAAGAAUGUGUUUCACAGGUGUCUUUUUCCUAUUAUAUGGAUGAUACUGAGUUGCUUACAGUACAAAGAAGGCUGUAACAUAUUAUUGCCUGAUGAGAUUGGAAAAGCCAUUCAAAUAGCCAAAAAGGCUCAAAGAGUAAGAAGUUCCUAUUAAAAUGGGCAAGCUUGUGCACCAGACAUGUUUGAUCUGAUUUGGUAUCAGUUUAUCUUGUUUGUCCUAACAUCACAUAACUUUCCUUCUUUUUAUAGUUCCUUUAGAAAUGUGUCAUAUUUCCCUUAAUUUUACCUAACUACUAUAUUAUGCGUUGCAUGUUGGGUAAAAGUUUUAUACAGCAGUUUAUAGAUAAAAAUCAGUUUAAUAUUUUUUUUUCAGAUGAUGUAUGUAUAUUUGGAGAGGCGUGAUCUGUGCAAGUGGCUCAAGCCUGGCACCAGACCCAGUACUGAAACACACUGUUUCCUGUUGUCAGUGUCAGUCCUGACAUACAAGAAAACUUUGUACGUAAUGUAGGCUUCUUUCUCUGAGGGCUUUGAAAACCCAGUUGGCCAAUGGAAAAUCCUUUAGUCACUUCAUUACUUUAAGUAAUGGACAAAAUGCUGUAGUCUGAGUACGUGCCCGCUGCCAUGUUAGGACAUAAGCUGUGCUUGCCCUAUGGUGGCUUGAGAGCUAGGAUGGAGGAGGUGGGGGACUGCUGUUGGGUUACCCUGGGGUUACACAGCAGCCAGGAUUCACAACUGAGAAGCAAGUAAGCAGGGUGCGUUGCCAACAAUACUCUGUUUGACUUGGAAAAAAUCCCUCAACUACAAGUUCCUGGUAAAUGGAAGUGAGUAUACCGAGGCAGAACUGCAAAAUGUUUUCUGUUUUUCUGUCCCCCCUCUCAUUUAAUGCCGACCCUAGAAGGAAGCAGGAUCUGAGGCAAUGUCCUAUGGAGUCAUCUAAGUUGCUGUUCUUCAGUGAGCUUGCUCUUCUGAGUGAAGCGUGCUGCCAUUGUGUCCCAUCUGCUCACCCAACCAAAAAAGGAGCAGGGAGGGUGCAAAGUGUAAGAUGCUUUUCAGUGUGAUGUGAGAUCAGGCCUCAGACAUGCUUAGAGAGGAAAGGGGAAUAAGGAAUAGGAAAGAGGGGAAGCGAAAAUAACAAGAUUGAGGAAUGUCAUGCUAAGGUCUUCUAUGGUUCUGUGGAGAUGUUCCUCGCCAUCGAGGAGAGGAAUGAAGUUAUUUGGUCAUGCUAAGGUUUUCAUAGGCAAUAAUAGGAAUUGUGAGGGAUGGAGUCACUCCUGUGACAUAACACUCUGAAAUACGUAUAUUGCUCUCCAAAUGUGUUGAAAAGGAACAGUUCUCCUCGCUCAGGCUGUUCAGACAUUUCUUUCUGAACUCCCUUCCUGAAUGUAAUGCAAUACAAAUUGUUUGUUAGGCACUGCUGUAAAACUUUUUGCUUAUGGCUUGUUUAUACAGCCAUGUGUACUGGGUUGUCAAACGUCUGUAGACGUGAUAGAUAACAGAGGUGAGGAACUUUUUAAACCAAGCCCAAAACACAGAAUAAGGAGCAGUAAGCAAGCAGGCUUUCAUCAUGUGCCAAGUGCUGUUCAGAGCUGGUGGUGACUCAGAGAAGGUCUCUAACUUUCCGGAAGUGAAACAAGUGCUUGGCAGAGAGGGGACUGGAACCUGAGUUUCUGACAAUAAGGCUGGAGCCUAGCACUUCUGGAUCAAUGGUGCUACACUGGGUCUAACAAAGAGGUGAGACCUGAGGGUUUUUGAUCCGGUUUGUCUUGUGUUCAUCCCAUGGUUUAUCACUGCAUCCUUAGUUAGCAAAAUACUACGUAAUUUCCAACACAUCAGCUGUCCUUCUUAUGGUACAGGAAGCUCUGAAAUGAGGGAAAUGUUUUAUUAUCUCUCCAAAUCUGGAUCUUUGAAUCUCUCCUGAAAUGUUCAUUCUGCUGCUUUCACACGUCUGAGCUCUCAUAUUAGGUUACCUAGCCCACUUUUGGGCCGUGACUCAAAUGUUAUCCUUCUUUACUGCUUGUCUUACUACAUCUAGUCUUUUGGAGUAAAAUAAACUGGUCUGUUUUCUGA